AGCCAGGAGGCCUCCCCCGUUUGUGGCAGACCCCAGCCGGCGGCGCGAAGGCAGCAUCACCCGCCAGGAUGAGCGGUUUGCCCCCCGCCCUCAGGAGGGAGGAGACCUUCCCGCCCUCCCCUCUAUCACGUGGGAAAACAAAUACUGCGGCCGCUGCCCUGCCCCUGUGGCCCGGCGAGGCGGAGCGCGGGCGGGCGUGUGCGGCACCAUGAAGAUGCAUUUCAGCAUUCCCGUCUCGGAGCAGCUGCUGGAGAAGUUCGGGGGCCGCUACGUGCUGUACUCUGUGUACCUGGAAGGCUUCCUCUUCUGCAAGGUGCGCUACAGCCAGCUACACCACUGGAAUGAUCAGCUAAGACGGAUCUUUGGGAGUACCGUGCCUGCUUUCCCUCCAAAGUUCUAUCUUGCAAUGACCAAGUCCAUGGCUGAGGAGAGGAGGUCUCAGCUUGAGCAAUAUCUACAAAGUGUAACUGUAGAUCCAAGUAUUACAAACAGUGAUGUCUUCAUCAGUUUUUUUAGAAAAUUACAGCAGGAUACAUUUCAGAUCCAGACACAGAGAGCCUCUCUAGAUGUUUACCUGGCUGACGGAAGGAAUGUUAGGCUUGAUAUCCAGACAUCGGACACUGCUGAAAGAGUACUAGAGGUUGUCUCAUACAAGAUGGGGCUGUCAAGAGAAUUAAUAGGAUAUUUUAGCUUAUAUUUUAUUCAAGAUCACAGCAAUGGAGUUCUCUCUGUGGUGAAAAAAGUGGCAGAAUUUGAACUUCCUUACGUCAGUCUUCAGAGUAUGAAAGAGUCAGACUGUAAGAUUGGGAUCAGAAAAUGGUAUAUGGAUCCUUCUCUUGAUAAAACGUUAAUGGACUGUGACGCUUCAGUGAAUUUACUCUAUAUGCAGGCACUGCAGGAAAUUGAGAAGAAUUGGGUCAAACCCACAGAUGAACAGAUGCAGAAAAUGGAAUCGCUACAAAAAGCGGCAAACAAAAUGAAGGUUCUAGAGCUGGUUCAGGAAGUGCAGCACUAUGGAUAUAUGCAGCUUGAUCCCUGCACCUGUGACUAUCCAGAAGUAGACUGUUCUGCUGCUGUUCAUGUAGGAAAUAAUGAGAUUAGCUGCUCCAUAAAGUUACCUAGUAACCAGACCAAAGAGGUCAGCUUCAAGAUCAACAGAGUGAGGUGCUGGCAGGUCACUUUUCUAGGCGCUGUUACACAGCCAAAAGACCAAGGACCUGAGCAGACCCUAGAGCUCAGGUUUGAGUACAAUGAUUCGGACUCAUGGAAAUGGAUCGUCUUUUACACAAAACAGGCAUUUCUACUGAGUAGCUGCUUAAAAAAGAUAAUAUCAGAACAGCUGAUGAAGACAACCAAAGAAGACAAAGAAAUGCUGAUUGAGAUGCCUGAAUCUCUGAAGAGUAAAAAAUCCAGCGUCCAACAAAGUCAGAUAGCUCACUCUGGUUUUAUACCAAGAAAAAGGAUUUUGGUUAGACCAAAUAAAGAGGAUGGUGUUUUUGAGAAGAUAAGAGAGGAAGAUCUGUGAUAGAUUAUUUAGAACUGCCUAUAAAAAUAUGUUGCAAAGUAUCAAUUAUAUUAAAAUAGUCUUCAAUUUAACUAUA